CAAGCAUGAUUUCUCUCAAAACAAUGAGUAUGCUGAUCUCCAUAAUUCUCAUGGGACCAUGUUUUGUUCAUGGAGCAACGAAUUUGAAUUACAAUCUGAAAGUUUCUAGCCCUUCUUCAAACAACAGUGCGGAGAAUAAGUCGACAAAUUCGAGAGAAGCGAGAGUAUUCUCUCUCUUCAAUGUCGUAAAAUUCCAAAACGGCCCUUGUGAGAGCAACGUGGCCCCGCCUGGUGGAUCGAUAUCUCAGGGCAAUCGACAUGGAACUUGUUACACUUUUGACGAGUGCAGGAAAGCAGGUGGUGCAACAGCAGGGAAAUGCGCAUCAGGAUUUGGAGUGUGCUGCCUCUUUGUCGUAAAGGAAUCGGGAACAACUGUGACGCGAAACUGUACCUAUUUGGAAAACCCGGGUUCUCCCAAUCCCUAUGGCUCGAGCUCUCAAGUUUCGUACCAGAUCGCAAAAUGCUGUGCAAAUGUUUGCCAACUACGAUUGGAUUUUGAGUCCUUUGUCAUUCAAGGAACCGGAAACACUUUAGAACUUGAUACCACCUCGAAUCCCCCUACCUUUGGAGGGAUAUGCAAAGAUAGAUUUACUGUGUCGGUCGCAACUGGAUCCUUUAUACCUACCAUUUGCGGUCAAAACACAGGUCAACAUAUCUAUGCGGACAUUGGCAACCUGGAUUCAGACACGGCUCAACUCAACUUUCAAUUCGAUGGAUCCACCAGCCUUCGGCAAUGGGCGAUCAAAGUCACACAAAUUCCUUGUUACAGCGUAGGACACCCACAUGGCGCUGGAUGCUUACAAUAUCACACUGGCCUUUCAGGACGGCUCACGACUUUCAAUUUCAUCCCGACGAAUGACAAUCAUUUGGCAAAUCAAGAUUAUUCUAUUUGCAUCCGCCAAGAACUUGGAUUUUGUUGCGUCGAAUACACUGUGUGUCCGGAGCCAGGUUCCUUUAAUUUAGACACGCAAGAAGAGUCGGAAAUCGAUACCUAUUGUAAAGACGAGGAUUAUAUCGGCAUUGAAGGCGGUGAAGGAACUUGCUCUAAGAGCAUUAAUCCCAGAGCGGUUACAAACAAGUUUUGUGGUCUAAGGCUAAAUAUUCUUGAUGAUGAGGAGAAUAAUGGUCUAGUUUGCGAUUGUACCCCCCCGUUUCAGGUCGAUAUUUUCACAGACCAAGAAACGGAUAGAGGCAACGACCCAAAUGAGAGACAUUCCAGAGGUGUCUGUUUGCUUUUCAAGCAAAUUCCAUGCUGACUACCAAGCAAAUCAAACGGACUACGAAGACAUUGCUGGAAAUAUUCUACCUACUUUAUGUACAAAUAAACCUUUGAAUUUUC